CCUAGCAAACAUGGCGUCCGGAUUUGAGAGCGAGCGGAGCUUGGCGGCGCGGAAGGAGGAGAGGCGCCGCCAGCGUGAGGCGCUGCUGCAGCAGGCAAAAGCUGAUUAUGAAAAGGAAGAGCGUCGCAAAGAGCUGAAGCGACUGCGAGGGGAGGAUACAUGGAUGCUCAGUGAUGUGACUGCACGUGUGGAAGAGCUGGGGAAGGAACAUUCUGUUACCAAAAAGAAGAAAAAGGAGAAGCACUCAAAAAAAUCCAAAAAAGAAAAAAAGAAGAAGCAUAAAGCUGAAAAAAAUGAUGAUUCAUCUGAUAGUUCUUCUGCUUCUUCCGAAGAAUGGGUGGAGGCUCCUGUUUCAGGCUCUGCUAGCACGGAAAAGGCUUGGAACGUAAAGAAGGAACAGCCUGCCACGGCAAAAGGUCCAUCAGCUGUUCAGAGGGAUGAAUGGAUGACCUUAAAUUUUAUGACCAUGAAAACGCUGUCUUCAGCAUCACUGAAGGCUGAAAAACAGACAAAAAUAUUAUUGGAGCAACAGAAAGCCCAAUUGAGUGAGAAGUCCCUGCUUUCUGAAAGAGAACUGAACCCAUACUGGAAGGACGGUGGCACAGGUUUACCAUCACAACAGGAUAAUCCAAUAAAAGCUGCAGUUGUAGAAGAUGGUGGGUUAGGUUGGCUGAAGAAAUCAUACCAAAGAAUGAAGGAGCAGUCUGAAAGAGAAAACAGGGAUUUGAAAGAAAUCAUAGCUGAAAGAUAUGGGUCAGUGGAGCUAUUUGAGUCAAAGUUAAAAGAAGCUGAGAGCGCUGCAGUCCAAAAAGAAAAUGAGCAUAGGAGAGGAAGAUGGCAAAAAUGUGACUAUUCAGAGAUGGAGAAUCCUGUGAGACAGAAGAAAGACAAAGAAAAACAAGAGGAGAGGGAUAGUUAUAAAGAGAACCCUAAGGAUAGGGAUAACAAAGACGGUUUUCAAGAGAUGAGAAAUUACGUGAGAGAUAGACUAGCAGAAGAUAAAGAGCCAAGGCAUAGUAGUAAAGAAUCUGCACUGAGAGAUUUUUCUUCUAGAAUUGCACAGUAUUCCCAUCAAAGAAGUUCUGAGAAAUCAUUACCGAGCCCUCUGAAAUCUACAUUUUGGAAGCCAGAUGAAGAUGGAGGGCAAAAAGCACAGAUUUUUUCGUCAUCAAAAUUACUUAAUCGUAGUUCUGCAAGUUGUGGCUUCAGAAAGCCUGGCUAUGAUACUGAGGAUAUUCCAGUGAGUCGUGGCUUCAGAAAACCUGAUUACAGUACUGAGGACAUUCCGAGAUGGCGCCGAACUCAACCAAAAGAAGGAGAUAGAAAAGCUACCCUUGACGAAAAAUCAUUCACAACUGAAAUGGCAACCCUUGAUGAAAAGCAAUCCGAAACUGAAAUGGCUAUUAUCAGCAAGGAGAGAGAAAAAAAGGAAGCGAUCUCAGAAGAUGCCGUGGAAAACAAGGAGCCACCCCACAGUAAAUCAUCAUAUUUAGGCUCUGUUGCAGAGGAGGAAAGUCCCCAUAUUCUAAGUGAAGAGGAAAUGAACAGACUGGGAGCCAAGAUUGUGAAAGCAGAAUUGAUGGGGAACAUGGAUUUGGCCGCAAAGCUUCAGAACCAGCUUGACAAUGCGCGUAAGCUAAAAGAAAGCAGAGGACAGAUUCCAGCUAGAAAGGCUGAGGAGGAGACAACAGGCGCCCAAGAAGACUAUGAUGUGAUUCUUGUGAGAACUGAUAAAUCAGGUGGAACCUGGCCUGUGAAUGCUCCAGGAGGAGCGAUGCAACCAAAGGAAGGAAGGAGGAAGAGACAGACGAUUGCUACUCACAUGGAUAAGGAAAGGGUCAGAUAUUUUCAGGAUGAUGAUAAUCUGAGCCUGACAGAUUUGGUCAGGAAUGAAAAAAUGAGAACAGCAGAGGAUCAAAAUAAGCUUUUCAUGAGAAUGGCUUCAAAGUUUUCAGAUAAAACUGACAAGGAGUACUACACCCUGGACGACAUGUUUGUUUCCAACGCAGCCAAGGGUGAGCGCAGUGGUGAAGAAGAGGAAAGGCAGAGGAAACAAGCUAUCCAGGAGCACCGGCAGCUUGCAGCACGCAUGGAGAAGUGUCCCCACUGCUUUGGUAGCCCUGAACUUCCCAAACAUCUGAUUAUUGCAAUUGGUAACAAGGUCUAUUUAUCAUUGCCAAAUUACAAGUCCCUUACUGAAGGCCAUUGCCUGAUCACUCCAAUGCAGCACUACACUGCAGCCACUCUCCUGGAUGAAGACAUAUGGGAAGAAAUCCAGGCAUUCAGAAAAACUUUAGUAAAGCUGUUUGAAGCGGAAGGGCUCGACUGUGUCUUUCUCGAAACGAACCUGAGCACAAAGAAGCGAUACCACAUGGUGUAUGAAUGCAUCCCCCUCCCUAAAGAAGUUGGGGACAUGGCUCCCAUCUACUUCAAGAAAGCUAUAAUGGAGUGUGACGAAGAAUGGUCCAUGAAUAAAAAGUUGAUUGAUCUGUCUUCGAAAGAUGUUCGCAGAUGUGUUCCAAAAGGCUUGCCCUACUUCUCCGUAGACUUCGGGCUACAAGCAGGGUUUGCUCAUGUCAUUGAAGAUCAGCACAAAUUCCCUCUUUAUUUUGGAAAGGAAAUCAUUGGUGGUAUGCUGGAUUUGGAGCCCAGACUUUGGCGUAAAGGACUGCGUGAGAACUUUGAAGACCAGAGAAAGAAGGUGUUGCAGUUUGCUCAGAGGUGGAAACCAUAUGAUUUCACCAGACGUAAAGAGUGAUGAUCUAAAUGGUGAUUUGAUGCCACAGGAGCUGGAGUUGCAAAAAGCCAUCUGAAACUAUACAUUUUCUCUCUUUUUUUUAAAAAAAAAAGAAGGGCUCCUGUUAAGGAAAUGAGGGAUGUCUGCACAUGCCUAGAGAACACUUUAAGAUGCAGAAGUCUCUUAUGAGGACAGUGGCGCAUAGACAGAGAUACUGGAGUACCUGCCUUCUAUUUUUGUGGCACAAUAUGGACAUCAAUGCUUGGUAAAAAUUAAGCUGUAACUAUGACAGAUGAGAAGUGUACAGAAGUGUCUUAUGUAAGCUCUGUUUCCUGGGCCUUCCAUCUUCCUGCCUUCCUAUUUACAUUCUGUAAAACGUUCUUCUGUCUUUGCUGUCUACAAAGUGCAGCAAAGGUUUUUUUUGUCCCGUUCAGCACAAUGCCAGUUCUUUAUAUUUUAUGCCUUCAAUGUGCUGUUCAAGGUGUACAUUAAAAAAAAACUUUUAAUAGUA